UGUAGCGGCACCAUGGGCACGGUGUUGUCCCUGUCGCCCAGCUACCGGAAGGCCACCCUCUUUGAGGAUGGCUCCGCGACGGUGGGCCAUUACACCGCCGUCCAGAACAGCAAGAAUGCCAAGGACAAGAGCCUCAAGCGCCACUCCAUCAUCUCGGUGCUGCCCUGGAAACGCAUCGUGGCCGUGUCGGCCAAGAAGAAGAACUCCAAGAAGGUGCAGCCGAAUGCCAGUUACCAGAACAACGUCACCCACCUCAACAACGAGAAUCUGAAGAAGUCCCUCUCCUGCGCCAACCUCUCCACCUUUGCGCAGCCCCCGAAUGCUCAGCCGACAGCCCCCAGCAACCAGGUCUCUAACUCCAAGAGCACCCUCUCCUCCAUCAAGAAGACCCCCCACCCCAACUCCAACUCCGCCGGCACCCCCAAGAGGGUCAUUGUCCAGGCCUCGACCAGCGAGCUCCUCCGCUGCCUGGGGGAGUUCCUCUGCCGGCGCUGCUACCGGCUGAAGCACCUCUCCCCCACCGACCCGGUCCUGUGGCUCCGGAGCGUCGACCGGUCCCUCCUUCUGCAAGGCUGGCAAGACCAAGGCUUCAUCACCCCGGCCAACGUGGUCUUCCUGUACAUGCUUUGCCGGGACGUCAUCUCCUCUGAAGUUGCGACAGACCAUGAACUUCAAGCCGUCUUACUCACCUGUCUCUAUCUCUCCUAUUCCUACAUGGGCAACGAGAUCUCCUACCCUCUCAAGCCUUUCCUGGUGGAGAGCUGUAAGGAGGCCUUUUGGGAUCGCUGCUUGUCCAUCAUUAACCUCAUGAGUCCCAAAAUGUUGCAGAUCAACGCCGAUCCGCAUUAUUUCACCCAGGUCUUUGCCGACCUGAAGAAUGAGAGUAGCCAGGAAGAGAAGAACCGGCUGCUCAUCGGCCUGGACCGGUGAGCUCCUC